AUGGAUGAUACAUAGCAAUAUAAGAAAAUUAAAGAAUCGCUGUUAUUAAUGAAUUUUUUAUAAAGUAAAGAGAGAUAUUAGAAAUCAGAAAAAAUAGGUAAAGCAACCUAUGGCUUGGUUUAUAUGGCCAAAAAUAAUCAAACUGGGGAAAUAGUGGUAUUAAAGAAAAUAAGAUUGGAUCAUAAAGAUGAAGUAGUUCCAUUAACUUCCAUUAGAGAGAUUUCAUUAUUGAAAGAAGUCUAAAUCCAAAUAUUGUUCUUCUAAAAGAUGUAGUUUAUGAUGAAUCAAGAAUUAUACUUAUCUUUGUCUUUGUGGAUUUAGAUUUAAAAAAGUGCAUGGAAAAUGUAACUUAGUUAGUUAGAUAAAGUCUAAGUGAAGAAGUUUAUUCACUAGAUUUUAUAAGCACUAAAUAAUUGCCACUAGAACAGAGUUAUUCUUAGAGAUUUAAAGCCUUAAAAUAUUUUGAUAGACUUAAAAUAAGCAUUCAGUAUAUAUCAUGAAGUCAUUACCUUAUGGUACAAAGCCUCAGAAAUUUACUGGGACAGAAACAAUACUCAACUCCUCCAGUGGAUAUAUGGUCUUUUGGUUGUAUAUUUGCUGACAUGGCUCAGAAAUGACCACUAUUUUUUAUUCAAGAUAUUUAAGAUGAUGGGAAUUACAAAGAAGUCUACAUGGACAGGAGUUAGUAUUCAAGAGUAGUUUCCAGGAUGGCCAACUCAUAACAAAUCCUGCUGUUUCUUUGUGAAAGGAUAUUACAAAUUUAUGUCCAUUAGGAUUAGAUCUACUUGCUAAGAUGAUUGUUUAUGAUCCUUAUGCAAGAAUCAAAGCAAAAGAGGCUUUGAAGCAUUCCUAUUUUGACGAUUUAAAUAACUGAUAUGAAAUUU